ACAGGCCCGCCCUUCUGCACUGUACUAUUUUGAAAUCCACAAAAACCGUCUCACCCAGUAGCAAACAAAAGACAGCACAGCUAGAUAGAGAAACUGUUGUAGUGAGGGACAGUGUGGGGAGAGAAUCAAGAAAUUGAGCAGACAGCCCACGAUCCAUUUUUUUGCUCCAUAGCUGUAGCUCUCAAUCAAUCUUAUUAAUCAACCAUCAUCAUGCCUUCAGGCUCCAAGAAGCGAAAAGCUGCCAAGAAAAAGAAGGAGAAUCAGCCUAACAACCAUCCCAAUAAUCCAUCCCCUGCUUCUGCUCACUCUCAUGGGGGUGAAGAUUUGAAGAACCAAGAUGAUAAAGAGAGUGAUGUUGGGGAGGUUAGCUCUCCCGCAUCUCAAGACCACCAUAGCCACCAGAACUUUUCAAGGGAGGGGGAGGAAGAAGAAAUUGAGGGGGGAGAGAAUAUUUCAAAUGUUCCUUCUGCUGAAAGAGUGAAAAUUGAGGUUGUUGGCGAUCCAAACAUUGUGGUAGAAGAGAGUAUUAUUCCAGUUGAAAGGGAAUUCAAGAUUGAGGAUGAAUCUGAUAUAAAAGAUGGAAAGCAUGACGAUUCAACAAAGGAGUCUAACAAGGGAGGUUCAUCUGGGAGCUCAAGUAGUAGCAGUGGCAGCAGUUCAGAUGAUGAGUCUCAUGAUAUCAAGAGUAGUCAAGCUGUAGCGGAUGUUGCUUCAGUUGUUGAUUCAGGGAAGGCAGCUGAUUGUUUGUCUGGAGCGCAAGCUGAGGCUAUUCAUACUGCUAACAUUGAAGAGGCAGAAGAUCCAAUUAUUGAAAAUAUCCCUGCAUUUGUCCCAGAGAAGACAGCUGACGACCCCGCAGAUCCGUCUCUAGUUGAAUCUGUAUUCAAGGAAAAUGGGGUGAAAAAGCUGAAAUCUUUUGAGGAUAAAGUUGGUAGUUCAGCAGUUUCUGAUGUCACAGUGUCACAGCAAAAGGAGGAGGAAGCAAGUAGUCCACCUGUUGAGGACAAGAUUAAAAUUCCUGAUCAGAAAGAAUAUGUAGAACAAGAAACUGAUGAUCGGUUGACUCUGUCAUACAAUGCACCUAUUGCUACUGCUGAUAGUGGAGCAGAACGUGAGAACGAUUCUGGAGUUACUGAGCCAUUGCUAGCCCCUGCUACCCGUCCAGUGCAAACAACAUCUUGGAAGAGUUGCUGUGGACUUUUUGAAGUGUUUACGGGGUCUGGUAGAUAAUUUAAGUGCAGACUGCAGAAGCAGGGGGUAGAUCUUGUGGUUGUGGAAUCCUGAGUAGGAUUUUCAGUAGAGUCGAUUGUGAUCUUUCUUCUUUAAAGAUCAAUUUUUGAAGACUGUGCAAGAGUCGGUUAUGCGUUAAGGUAGUGUUAGUAUUAUGAGGAAAGCAGUUAAGAACUAGUUUCCUAUGAUACAUGUUUCCUCAUUGAUUUUGAAGUUGCUUUCUUUUUCAGUGUGAUAUUACGGUUUCUUGAGAACAUCACUUUAUGCUGCUUGAGAGAAAACUGUGAAGUUGCAAAAUUUAUAAAUUUCCUUUUCUUUUGAAUUAUAUGUAGUUGCUGUCAACUUUCAGUCCGUCGUAUAUGUAACAAUUGAUUCAUUGGUUUA